UAGGAACUAAUGAAGUCUAAGCCCCUGAAAAAGCGAUGAACCCUGCAACAUUAGUUGAGUAUAGUAAAAACGGCGCGGAGUUAUCCAAUGGUGUGCCUGAGGAUUGUGAGGGGUUUCGUUCUGAUGAAAGUGGUCAUCAACCGUUCUGGAAGCGAUUUUUUAUGAUUCAGCCCGAUCCUCCACGAGAGAGUCCAAAAAUUUCGGGAUUGCAACACGAAACUUUAGCAGCAUUGCUAGAAAAUGAUAUCCGUCCGUUAAAGGAGAGGGAACAACAAAAGCGGGGGCGGUCAGCAAGCCCAGUAGCAUCGCUAGCUAAUGAUCGCCCUCCGCUAAAGAAGCCCCGAGGCCUCGGGCUGGCACGGCCAAAGCAAAGACAAAAGCGACGGCGGUCAGCAAGCCCAGUAGCAUCGCCAUCUAAUGAUCGCCCUCCGCGAAAGAAGCUCCGAGUCCUCGGGCUAGCACGGCCAAAGCAAAGACAAAAGCGACGGCGGUCAGCAAGCCCAGUAGCAUCGCCAUCUAAUGAUCGCCCUCCGCUAAAGAAGCCCCGAGGCCUCGGGCUAGCACAGCCAAAGCGAGGACGGUCAGCAAGCCCAGUAGCAUCGCCAUCUAAUGAUCGCCCUCCGCUAAAGAAGCCCCGAGGCCUCGGGCUAGCACAGCCAAAGCGAGGACGGUUGGCAAGCCUAGUAGCAUCGCUAGCUAAUGAUCGCCCUCCACGAAAGAAGCUCCGAGUCCUCGGGCUAGCACAGCCAAAGCGACGGCGGUCAGCAAGCCCAGUAGCAUCGCCAUCUAAUGAUCGCCCUCCGCUAAAGAAGCCCCGAGGCCUCGGGCUAGCACGGCCAAAGCAAAGACAAAAGCGACGGCGGUCAGCAAGCUGACGCUAUGCUGAUCUUUGAUUUGACUGCUGCUAUGUCUACUGACCUUGACGCUGCGCUGAUUGCUGCUAUGAUCAGUGGUGCCGCGAGAAUAUAACGUCCUAUUGGUGGGCGUGCAUGAUUUAUGGGGUACGGCUUAGAUAAUCUUGUGUAUUUGAGCGCCCGA